GGUGCAUCACGUGGUCCGAAAGGGUUUCGCGUUUUCAAUCAAUUCAAAAUGAGGUGAUUUUCUUAUUCGUAUUGUUUUCGGCCUGUCUUCAUAUCCCUCCUUUCAACUGCAUGGGUUUUGUUGAUAGCUGAUGUCCUGUACUACAGUCUACAGUCAAGGUGUUGAAGUUGCAUCUCCAAAAUCAGCAUGAAUAUUGUCGGCAUUUCGGUUUUACUGUCAUGGAUGACCAUUGCAUGUUCCUUUCGUCAAAAUGAUGUUGAACUGUUCUAUGAUUGUGCAGUGGAUGUCUACAUGGUCUUGGACACGUCUGAAAGUGUGGCCCUAAGGGCAAACUCUUACGGCUCCUUUGUGGACAAGAUCAAGCAGUUUGCACUUGACUUUGUGGACCAGCUGAAUAUGAGGUACUACCGCUGCGACCGCAACAUGACUUGGAGUGUAGGCAUCCUACACUACAGUGAUGAGGUGAAGAUAAUGAGUGAGCUCAUUAGCGUCCAUGAGGCUGGUGGCAAACCCAAGCUGAAGAAAGCCAUUCAGGACAUCCGCUACAUUGGCAAGGGCACGCACACUGACUGUGCCAUUUCAGUUGCCACGGGCCAACUCAUGACCGGCUCGCCUGUCCUUGGGAACAAAUACAUGGUUGUUGUAACAGACGGCCACCCUUUUGAUGGUUACAAGGAGCCAUGCGGGGGGAUCAGCUAUGCUGUUUCUGAGGCCCGAGGCAUGGAAAUCAAGAUCUUCGGGGUUGCCAUCACCCCCGAUCACUUGGACAAUCGUCUAAGUGCCAUAGCAACUGAAGACAUGUACCGUUACAACCUGUCUGCCACAAGCAACAACCCUGAGGUGGUGAGGAACACCAUCAACACCAUUGUCUCCACCAUUUACAAGGACUCGGAAACAUUGUGCUGUUCAUAUGAAUGCAAGGCUCCUAGAGGAUCGGUCGGGCCAUCUGGAGAGGCAGGAGAUGUGGGAACUCCAGGAAGGCAAGGUGUUGCAGGGAAGCCUGGUAGUCUUGGAGCUAAGGGUUCAGCAGGUGACCAGGGACCCACAGGACACAGAGGAGAGAAGGGUGACAGUGGACCGGCUGGCGAUAGAGGCCCAAAAGGCCCAUCUGGACAAAAGGGAGAGAAAGGGCAGAAUGGUGCGGAUGGAAAAGACGGACUGAUGGGGGAGCCUGGACUGGUUGGCCUGUCAGGUUGCAAAGGAGAUGAUGGCAUGGAGGGGGAGCCAGGUCCUCCUGGACAAAGAGGAGAUCCAGGGUCAUUUGGAGGUCUGGGUGAAAAGGGAGAAACUGGACCAGUUGGAUCUCCAGGACUCCCUGGGGUGCCUGGGCCCAGUGGACCAAAGGGUGAUUCAGGCUCCUCUGGCACAAGAGGCAACAAGGGAGACAGGGGUGAUGAUGGUGAUUUUGGUGCUCCUGGGCCUUCUGGAUCUGAGGUACUGAGAAAGGGACUAAGGGGGCCUCCCGGGAUCCGGGGCGGACCAGGCGAGAAGGGUGACCUAGGGCCUCCAGGAGCCCAGGGACACGAGGGCCCAUCUGGAGAAGUAGGAUCAGUGGGUGCAAAUGGAGUUUCUGGUCUAAAAGGCUACAAAGGAGAACCAGGCCCUACGGGUCCUGAGGGGGUGAAGGGCACCAGAGGCCUGCCUGGGCCCCCUGGAGAACGUGGCUCAACAGGAGAGAGGGGAGAAGAUGGAUUCCCAAGUGAAGGGCAACUAGGAUACGCAGGAUUCCAGGGACUCCCUGGCCUAAGGGGACCAGCUGGAUCAAAGGGUGUCCGAGGGUUUCCAGGCAUGAAGGGGGAUAUUGGGUUACCCGGAGACCGCGGGGAUGAUAACAACCUCCCAGGACGAGAAGGGCCUGCAGGACCAAAGGGUUAUCCCGGCUUGGCAGGAGAGCAAGGGACUCCUGGACCAGAGGGCCCCACCGGGCCGGAUGAGUGUGAGAUUCUGGAGGUCAUUCAAAAACUAUGCUCUUGCUGUGAGUGUGAAUGUGGACCGGUGAAACUCCUCUUUGUGCUGGACAGCUCAGAGAGCAUCGGGCUUCAGAACUUCACCCUCGAGAAGGAGUUCAUCAUCCGCAUCAUCAACAAGAUCACAAAGUUCAGCAAGGAGAAUGAGCCUGGCUCUCGUGUGGGCGUGGUCCAAUACAGUCAUGAAGGGACUCAGGAGCUGGUGUCCAUGGAUGACCCCAAAAUCACCUCACUGUCCCAACUUAAAAGUGCAGUGAAGAACAUGCGCUGGAUUGCUGGGGGUACCUACACAGGAGAAGCACUGGACUUUGCCAGCAAGGCCUUCCGCACCUCCCAGCUUGACCACAAGGUGGUGAUAGUGUUGACAGAUGGCAGGUCUGACCCACGGGACACCAAGCCACUGACAUCUCUGUGCAGCAUACCCAACAACAGAGUGCUAGGAAUAGGGAUCGGCGACGUGUUCCGCCGAGCUCCUUAUGAAACGUUGCUGGGGAGAAUCAGCUGCCUGGAGUCAAUCACUCCAGGACAUUACCUGAAAAUCACAGACCACUCUCAGCUUCUGGAUGAUUCCUUCUUUGAAAAUGUCACCAGCUAUAUCUGUAAAGACAAAAAGUGUCCAGACUACUCAUGUCGAGCUGACUUCAAGGAGGCAACUGACAUUGUUUUCAUGCUUGACGGGUCCUCCAGUGUGGGCCAGAGGAACUUUGAGCAAUCCCGAGCAUUUGUGGGAAACAUGGCCAAGCGGCUGCUGUCUACAGACUACAGUGGACUCCUGCGCGUCUCGGUCAUGCAGUACAGCGGAGCCCAGCAGCAUAGAGUGGAGGUCCCGUUUACCAGUCAGGUGGAUGACGUGCUGACCCGGCUCCAGGCUGUGCGGUACAUGGAUAGCACCACGGACCUCCCGGCCGCCCUGGGCUUCUUAACCACCACCAUCAAGAGGGAAGCUCGGCGCGGGGUUACCCAGAAGGUGGUGAUCUUCACGGAUGGGAGGUCUGAGGCCACUGCUCGCGCUGAUAUACCCAAGGCUGCUGCAGCCGCUCUGGGGCAGAAUAUGCAGGUGUUUGCCCUGACGGUGGGAGAGAUCGUGGACGAGACGGGUGUGUGCCAGCUGGUGACUGGGCAAGCCAGUGGUUACAGUUAUGAGGCUGUGGACCGCAGAGUCCACCGGUUGGCUCACUACUCUGACCUGACCAGGCGGGUGGUCAUGCAAAGCCUUGCCAAAAAAUUGGCUAAAGCCUGAUUGCUGUAAAUCGUACAGGCAAUGUUGAUAACUGUAAUAGCUACUGGAAUUAUAUUGACAGUGUUAUUUCUGUGACAUAGGCUGCCUUUUAAGAAUAACUAAUGCCUGCAGACAAUUUAUUGAUGUGUGCUUGUGGUUGUUAAAUGUAAGCACCACUCCAGAAUGUCUGGAUUUUGUUGCCUAUACAUUUGCCUGCAUUACAUUAUUAUCACAGAUAUGAGUAACCUAUGAGAGAUAAUUAUAGGCCAAUGUGAAAAUACACUGGAAGACUGCAUUAAAUAAAGAUAUAUGGAAAAAUGUA